AUGGAGCCAUUGAGGUGUUCAGAUACGCAGAAGGUAAUCCUCGCCACUUUCGCGCUCGAAGGGGAAGUCGAUGAAUGGUGGGAUUCUCCGCGUAAGCUUGCUAAAGAAGAUUAUCUGUGGACUUGGGAGAGGUUCCAGACCAAGUUCAAUGAGAAAUAUUUCACAGAGUUGUUCCGUGACGAGAAGGUGUCACAGUUUUUCAAACUCGAGCAGGGGAAUAUGACGGUUGCACAAUAUGAGGCCCGCUUUGCUGAACUCUCUCGGUACGUGCUGACUAUCGUUAGUGAAGAGAGGGAUAGAUUGAGGAAAUUUAGAGAUAGAUUACGGCUGGGAAUCAGGUUGAAAUUGUAUUGGAAGGUCAUGAGACUUGCUCACGCGAUAUUAGACUAUCAUGCCCGGACGGUUACAGUAACAUUACCUAGGCAGUCACCCUUCACUAUACAAGGAAGCUGUCAAUAUGAGACCUAUGAAGGUCUACGGACUCUGAAAAAGACAGAAUCAGCAGAGAUCACCAUUGAUCAGAUACCGGUGGUUAAUGAAUUCCCGAAAGUGUUUCAAGACAUACCAGGGUUACCACCAAGGAGGGAGGUAGAUUCCACGAUUGACCUCCUACCUGUGUUAUUUGUGAAAAAGAAAGACGGAUCGCAGUGCCUUUGUAUCGACUACAGGAGAUUGAAUCAAGCUACAGUGAAGAAUAAGUACCCUCUACUGCAUAUCGAUGACUUAUUCGAUCAGCUCAAGGGUGCUAAAUAUUUCUCAAAAAUUGAUCUCAGGUUGGGGUAUCAUCAGUUGAGGGUCAGAGAAGAAGACAUCCCCAAGAUAGCAUUCUACACCAGAUAUGGACACUACAAAUUCUUGGCGAUGCCAUUCAGGCUCACUAACGUGCCUGCAGUAUUCAUGGACUUGAUGAAUCGGGUCUUUAUGCCAUACCUACACUAA